UUGUGUACUAUUUCUUAAGUUUCACUUCUGAGUGUGUGCGAGGUUUGGUUCUUUGUUUGCUUGUCUAUCCGCGGCGUGGCGUGCGCCUCAAGUAAAGCAUCCGGGGCAGACCUAAACUAAACAACCGCACGCAUUUUCCCGCGAUUACUCCAGUUUAACCUUACUGACUUGAAGGUAUAUUGGAAAGAUGUCUGUGGGGUAUGAAUCCGGGUUUUCGAGCGAAGAGGUGUUGAAUGUGCGUUACCCUCUGCACAGAGCCUGUAGGGACGGGGAUAUCGGCGCGCUCUGCUCUCUCCUCCAGCACUCCGCCAGCAAAACGGACCUCGCCACCGAAGAUUCCUUCUACGGCUGGACGCCAAUACACUGGGCAGCGCAUUUCGGAAAGAUAGAGUGCGUGAUCCGCUUGGUGCAGGUGGGGAGUGGAAUAAAUGCCACAACAACCCGGUUUGCCCAAACACCUGCCCAUAUCGCUGCUUUCGGUGGCCAUCCAGACUGCCUAAUGUGGCUGCUACAAGGCGGAGCUGACAUUAACCGUCAGGAUUACGUAGGUGAAACACCAAUCCAUAAGGCAGCUCGGUCUGGGAGCAUGGAUUGUGUCAAUGCUCUUUUAUUGCAAGGAGCAAAAGCACACUUGAGGAAUGCUAGUGGCCUGACUGCAGCAGAUCUUGCACAUGCCCAGGGAUUCCAGGAAUGUGCACAACUACUGUCAAACGUGCAGAAUCAGCUCAAUCAGCUGAACGGUUUCUAUACCAAUGGGGCGUUGAGUGGCGUUCACCAGAGCACUGACUCGAGGGUCCACUUCAAUGGUAGACCCAGAAAGCGAUCACUUGAAUACCUGGAGUCUGAUCUAGUGAAGAAAGCUAGAACUGAAGGUCUGGACUUGCCCAUGAAGAUGUAUAGAGGGGCCGAGGAAGAGCUGGAAAUCAUGCAUACCGAAUCCGAGCCUCCAGUCAUUUCAGGUGCACCUUUAGCAGCAGAUGUGAGCCACAAUGGCUUGCCAGGACGGGUGAUGGGAAAUGGAUUUGCGACAAACGGACACGUCCCUCAACCACAGCUCAAUGGAAUGGAAGCUGAGCCAGCUGAGAGUGGCUCUCAAGCCCCUGAUAUGUGUGGAUCGCUGCACCUUGGUGGAAGCCCCAGUAGCUGUGUGUCACACAGGCCUUCCUGGGCACCAGCCAACCCUUAUGAAUGUGGAGAUCCAGGAGACACACUGCAGUAUGGACAUUACCAUGGGUUUGGAGAUACUGCAGAGAGCAUUCCAGAAGCCAGCAGCAUGGCUGAACACUCCAGUUCAGUUAAAGUAGAACAGCGUUAUGACAAAGCUGUCUACAGCGCCAUGCACCUCUUUCACGGUUCCUAAAAGUGAGGUUUCCUAAGUCAAGCUCUUGCACGGAUUACUUUGUGAUCCUCUAAUCUAACAGUUACACUUUACAUGAGCAAUGCUUUCACUGGCUGGUUCCUUAUGUUAAUGGAAAAAGUAACAAAAGGCAGCGAACCAUGCUUCAUAAGGGAAGCAUUUUUACAUUAGUGCUUUGUUUACUUUCAGAAGUAGAUUGUUUUUUUAGAUGAAAGGCAAGAUACUGGCAGUAAAGGUUGUUUCAUUUUUCUUCAGUUAAUUAUAAAAGGAGAAACCUGCCAAUUUCCAUGUUUUGCAUUUUUUUUUUUGUUUUGGUUUUUUUGCAUUGCAUUAAAAACAACAAGUUGUAAUUACUUAGUUUAAAAUGGUAGAUAUGUAAAGUCAAAAUCCAUUAUAUGGGUCAAGUCAAUGUUUUGAUGUAAAUGAUUUUUUAUUGUAAACUAAAAGCUAGAUUUGGACAUUUUCUAGCGUAUGAAAGUUUGAGAGUUUGCUAACAAAUUCAGUCCAAGUUUUGAAUGAAUGUGUUUUGUGUCAAUAUUGGCCAAAAUGACUACGGUAUGUGAUCACAAGGUUUUCUUUCUAAAGUUUAGAGGCUUCUUGAAUUUGCUCAAGCUACGAUGAUUGUUAAACUGAAAACAUAUUCAAGCUGCCACCAUAGGCUGUAGCACUUAUACAGCCUGGGUUUGAUCUGUUAUUAUUUUUGUAGUUUGUGUAACUGCUUUCAUUGCUUGCAAAUAAAAACAGUAUUCAGACUUAA